CUCGUAGGUUAUGCGUUACAUGGGCGUAAAACCGUGUAGUUUAUAUGUCGUGACCCUAACGCUUUACGUGUCGGAACAAAAUGGCUUGAACGCCGCUAAAAAUGACGUCUACCACGCGAGUGGACCGCAGAGAUGUCUCCAACAGUGUUCUCAGUACUGCAAGGGCAACUGGAUGAUAUUUAUUCAGUUUCUCACGAAUUAGUGUAGCGCAUGGCGGAAUUUCUCAAAUGGCAGUACAGAUGAUGUUGAUAUGAGAAAGAAUGUUUACCCUCACAGAAGUUGCCUCUCUAAAUGACAUCCAGCCAACUUAUCGGAUACUGAAACCAUGGUGGGACGUCUUUAUGGAUUACCUGGGUGUGGUCAUGCUGAUGCUCGCCAUAUUUGCCGGAACCAUGCAGUUAACCAAAGAUCAGGUGGUUUGCCUUCCAGUUCUGGAAUCGUGGGAAGACCCGAACUCCAUGCCCACGGUAAGGCAACCAGAGAAAGAUUUUGGCUCAGGGAUGGGAGGAGGCCAUGUAACAUUGGCAGCUGCCCCUUUGGCAAGUAAAGAACAAACCGACAGGGUUGUCCACCAAAUACACUUCCCACACCAGUCUGCUGCAAGGCAUCCUGAGCCUACGGGUCUACGAACAAACCUGGAUUUUCAGCAGUAUGUCUUUGUUAAUCAGAUGUGCUACCAUGUUGCCCUCCCAUGGUAUUCAAAGUACUUUCCAUAUCUCGCUCUUAUUCACACCAUUGUACUCAUGGUAAGCAGUAACUUUUGGUUCAAGUAUCCAAAGACCAGUUCCAAAAUUGAACAUUUUGUGUCUAUUUUGGGUAAGUGUUUUGAGUCCCCUUGGACGACCAAAGCAUUGUCUGAGACAGCCUGUGAAGACUCAGAAGAGAAUAAGCAGCGAUUGACAGGAGCAUCUACAUUACCAAAGCAUCUUUCCACCAGCAGUGAAGAGGGAAGUCCAAAUCAGUCCACACCCAUGCUUGCAAAAUCUAGCAUUAAGUUUUCUGCAGAGAAGCCAGUCAUUGAAGUUCCAAGCAUGACUAUACUUGAUAAAAAGGAUGGCGAGCAAGCUAAAGCCCUUUUUGAGAAAGUGAGGAAGUUCCGUGCACAUGUUGAGGACAGUGACUUGAUCUACAAACUUUAUGUUGCUCAAACUAUAAUAAAAACAGUAAAAUUUAUUCUGAUUCUGUGUUACACCAUGACAUUUGUCACCUCCAUUAAUUUUGACCAUGACUGUGAGCCAGAUAUUAAACAUUUAACUGGAUACACCAAAUUUAAAUGUACGCAUAACAUGGCUUUCAUGUUGAAAAAGCUUCUUGUAAGCUACAUUGUCCUCAUUUUUGUUUAUGGCUUGGUUUGCAUUUAUACUCUUUUUUGGCUGUUUAGGCGGCCUCUUAAGGAGUAUUCAUUUGAGAAAGUUAGAGAGGAAAGCAGUUUUAGUGAUAUUCCAGAUGUGAAGAAUGACUUUGCUUUUCUACUUCACAUGGUGGACCAGUAUGACCAGUUGUACUCUAAACGUUUUGGUGUCUUUCUCUCAGAGGUAAGUGAGAAUAAACUGCGGGAAAUCAGCUUAAACCACGAGUGGACAUUCGAGAAACUACGGCAACAUGUGACUCGCAAUGCACAGGAUAAGCUUGAGCUGCAUCUUUUCAUGCUCUCAGGUGUGCCUGAUGCAGUCUUUGACCUCACUGAUUUAGAGGUCCUGAAACUAGAGCUCAUUCCAGAGGCUCGUAUUACAGCAAAAAUUUCCCAGAUGGUCAACCUCCACGAGUUGCACUUUUACCACUGCCCCGCCAAAGUCGAACAGACUGCAUUCAGUUUCCUCCGCGAUCACCUCCGGUGCCUUCACGUCAAGUUUACAGACGUAGCAGAGAUUCCCACUUGGGUUUAUAUGCUGAAGAACUUGAGAGAGCUCUACUUGGUUGGAAACCUGAACUCAGAGAAUAACAAAAUGAUUGGAUUGGAGUCCCUCAGGGAUCUGAGGCAUCUAAAGAUUCUACAUCUCAAGAGCAACCUUACCAAGAUCCCGACUAACAUUACAGACUUAUCACCCCAUCUGAUCAAACUUGUGGUGCACAAUGAUGGUACUAAACUCGUGGUAUUAAAUAGCUUGAAAAAGAUGAUGAACCUUGCUGAGCUUGAGCUCCAUAAUUGUGAACUGGAGAGGAUACCACAUGCAAUUUUUAGUUUGACCAAUCUACAGGAGUUGGACUUGAAAUCGAACCAUAUUCGUACCAUCGAAGAGGUCAUCAGCUUCCAGCACCUCAAAAGGCUUAACUGCCUAAAACUGUGGCACAAUAAAAUUAUCUCCAUUCCAUUGUCCAUAAGUCAUGUCAAAAACCUAGAGUUCCUCUAUCUGUCCCAUAACAAACUAGAGACCUUGCCUACUACUCUGUUUAAUCUUCUUAAAUUGAGAUACCUGGAUGUCAGUCAUAACUCCAUUGUAGUGAUUCCCCCAGAGGUGGGUUUUCUUCAGAAUCUACAGCACUUUGCCAUCACAGGAAAUAAAGUUGAAGUGGUUCCCAAGCAGCUUUUCAAAUGCACAAAGUUGCGCAACUUGUCCCUUGGGCACAACUGCAUUGCUUUGCUGCCAGAGAAAAUUGGCCAGUUGUUGCAGCUGACUCAUCUUGAACUGAAGGGGAACUGCCUGGAUCGCCUGCCGGCACAGCUUGGGCAGUGUCGACUUUUGCGCCGAAACGGUCUCAUUGUGGAGGACCACCUGUAUGAUUCACUGCCCCUAGAGGUCAAAGACAGCAUCAGUCAGGAAACCAAUGCUACCUUUGCUAACGGAGUGUGAUUGUGGAUAGACAAAAAUUUAUAAACUUACCCUACAUUGAACAUUCAGUAAUGUUUUCCCAAGUAGAACUGGGAAAAGUCAGUGUUUCCAUACUGCUGCUUUUAAAGGCUUUGUCUAUAUAAAGGAAUACUAUCCUGAACUGCAGGCAUGAAUGAAUGUAAAAAAAGAUAGAAGUAUGAAAAACAUUUGUUAUUUCUCUCUUAACAGGCCAAAACAACCCCACUUGUGGACUAUAACUAUGCUUAGUUCAUUGAAGAAAAAGAACAUGAAGGAUAUUUCAGAAUUGUUCAAAUUUCUGAGAGCAUUACGCCCGUCUGCAUAUUUCCUUUGUUUGUUUUGUUUUUAGUAGUUUUCCAUGUUACAGUGUAGAUAUAAAGCAGGUAGUCCCUAAUACAACACUGACUUUUUACAGUUACUUUGUUUCCAAUAGCAUUUCGAUAAAUGUUUUCAAUAUGUUAUUCGCAAAGUCUGCAUCACAACAUGCAUUUUGGUGCAGUUAACAAUUGUGUUUAUUGUUUGGGAGAACCCAGAACAACUGAUAAUUAUUAACGUUCAAGGUUUCGCCACAGUUUCCAGUUUCCUGGUUGAAUUAAAAGUAGAGGAGCUACAACAAGGUUUAGGUUUAGGUGUUGCUUUAGGGUAAGGAUGUCUGUUUUGUUUACCUAUAAUUUUCUGUUAAGAAGCUUUUGUUUAGGUUAAGGUUAAAGUUUUAGUUUAGUGAGGUACGUUUUACGAAUUAAAACCUCCAUCUAACAUUCACCUUAAAAACCUUGUCUGAUUAUGACACCAUUUCACUUGAUUUUGGCGCCCCUCGCUGGACAAUUCACUGGGAAACUGCAGCAAAAUGUUUAAUGAAACACUUAAAUUCAUUUUGCAAAAAUGUUGUUGCGGUCAUGUAAUUGUCAUGAGAUCAGGCUAGGUAUGUUCCAUCCUACUGUAAUGAGAUUUUCUCAGCCUGUUCAGUUUCUAUUGACCCAACUAUCUUUAACUUAAUAACAAUGCUUUAAAUGAAACAUGUACUUGUGCUUUUUCUGCAACAUCUAAAUUGGAUUUGAUGAUGCACAUACUAAAGGUAAUGAUGUGCGUUGCACUACAAGUUUUGGGAAUAAAAUAGCCUUUUCCUGUCAACUGCAUCUUUUCAUGUGGGUUACAGAAGUAAUGCACAAGUUAUGUUGACCUCAUUUGACUUGUGCAUGUUUUGUAUAUAAUACUAUAUUAUGAUGGGGCAGGCCUGUAAUAUGUACAGUAUACACUCCAUGUACGUUGCUGCUCACAACACUCCAACAGACAGUAUAGUAAACUUGACCUGAUAUAUAUAUAUAUAUAUAUUCUAAUGUCAUAUCUUAGUAUGUAAAUGUGUAUGACUACCAUCUGCUUAACUGUUAACCAUUACUGGCUAGUAAAAUUAAUUGUGAUAGCAUUGUAUGAAUCAUUAUUUUAAGUUACCUUGCAAUUGACAUGCAGUGUGCUGUGCAUUGUGCAUGCUCAUGCAGUCAGUUUUGAGGCAGCUGCACAAAAAGGUGACUUACCAGAUGUUAGGGUUUGAUAUUUACUCCAAAGUUGGGACUAAGUGGUAAAUAACCUACCUUAGACCUUCCUAUUUUUUGUUUGUUUGUUUCACUUUUCAUAAUUUUUUUCCUUUAUGGACAGGACAUUUGAGACAAUAGGUUAUUGGUUAAAAUCAUGCUACUGUUUGGUUAUUUUGUUAAAAUCAUCCUACUGAUUUUAAACUUUUAAAAUGUCAAAUUUCAAAUCAGUAGUCAUCCUACAAACAGUUGAGCUUUGAAUACAUGUUAUCCUAACUUUACUGCACUUUUGAUUGCAGGGUUAUUGUUCAUUUAAUGAUUUGGAUAAUGUCUGUUGCAUUUGUUUAAAAUUGAAAAUAACAUUUCAAGAGAAACCAAGAUGAGGAGACAGACCUCACAUUUUAAUGUUUUUUUUUCAACCAACCUUUUCACAGAAGAGUUGUCUAGCCAAUUUUUUUUGUUUGUUUUUUUUGUUUUUUGGAUUAACUAUGCUGUGUUAUAUUUGUCCCUCUGAAUUGCUGCAGGGUCUGAUCUGUAAUUGGUAUCGUGACCCCUCAAGAAUCUUGUUGAUGUCUUGCCAGAUGAGGCUUGAAAUCCAUUCAUGUUUCAUUUGUGACUGAGAGUAAUCAUAAUGCGUUAUUGCUUAGUUUCACAAAUAAUACAAAGGUUUAUCUAAAAGUGAGUGUUAAUUUGUUUUGAGUGAUUUUAAAUGGGUUUGGUAUGAAGGCUUUGUUUUUACUGUUGCAAUGUUAAAAUGGUUGUUUUUCAAGAAAUUAAAAAAAAUGUUUUGAAUGAAAAUUAGAUUUAAUAUAUGUACAGUUUUAAUAAGUUAUGUUCUGUUUCUACAGCCUGUGGAUAGUUUAACUAUAACCUAAUUUUAACUGAAUCCACCAUAAAAUAUACAUUGUUUUAAAAGUGUGAUUUCAGGUGCACAAAACACUUUCUGGUCAUUCCAACUGAUUAUGUAUCUGCAGAACAGUGGCAUUUUUUUUUAGCAAGGUACUUUAAGGUGUAUAGCUCUUUAGCCUUGAAUGUAGCCUACUGCAUCCCUGAUGUCUUGCCUUCCCUUUUUUGAUGGAAAGGAGAAUGAAAUUAGCUUGCAUUGCUCCUAGUAACAUUUGUUAUGUUUUUGAAGGAUGUUAAAACGUUGAAAAUAAAAUAUCUUGAAAAUACA